ACAGACAGACAGCCUGAGCCUUCCUUCCCCACAAUCGCGCUGCAUCCCCACAGUGUCUGUUGCGCUUAUUUAGGAACAGGCACCAACGUAUUUUCCACGCUAGCAACAUACACUCGGGCGUGGUAGGCGUCUUAAAGGGCCGACAACGCGAAAAGCACUCGUAUUGUUUCGAGGCUACACACAGCCAACCGAGAACGUCGUAGCCGUGUUAGCAGGUAGCUAAACCGCCACAGUCUUCAGGGCGCUUUGCAGGCCAGUGCGGAGGAAAUGAAGGACAAACAAAAGAGAAAGAAGGAGCGGACCUGGGCUGAGGCGGCUCGCAUGGUGUUGGAGAACUUCUCUGAUGCGCCUAUGACCCCGAAACAAAUACUUCAUGUCAUCCAGACCAAGGGGCUAAAGGAAAUGCGAAGUGGUACAGCACCUUUGGCCUGCCUGGUAACAAUGCUUCACUCUCAGGUGAGGGGAGAUCGGGUCAAGAACAGUAUCUUCUUUAAGUUGCCUGGACGGAUGAGCUUGUUCACUCUAAAGAAGAAUGCUCUGCAGUGGACAAAGACUUCAGAGUCAGAAACACCAUCUGAGCUGGUGAGCAGCGCUGCAACCCCAACCUCCAGCCACACCACCAUCACAGAGUGUGCAGCAGUUGGCCCCACUGAGACAACUGAGCAGGAGAGCUGCAACUCUACUGAGACCACUGCUUCCAAUUUGGCCUUAACAGAUGAAACUUCAUCCAGUGUUACCGGUUCCACUGAGCUGCAAUCUACCAGUCAGCCUCAGACCCGUCUCAGCAGAGCAGCAGGAUUGCAGGGACGGACUGACACUCAGCAGGUCCAACAUGUUCAGCACACGCAGACCAGACUCAGCCGGUCCCGACAGUCAGGGAGGCAGCGAAAGAAAGCAGUCAUGAUGCCACGUGUUGUCCUCACUCCUCUUAAAGUCAAUGGAGAGCACGUGCCCUCGGGACCGAUGAAGAGGAGUCGAGGAGGGGUGGAUGUGGACUUUGAAACGCCAGGCUCCAUUCUUGUCAACACCAACAUCAGAGCUCUCAUUAAUGUGAGAACCUUUACAGCAUUCCCAGCCCAGUCCCAGCAGCAGCUACUACAGCUUCUCCCAGAAGUGGACCGCCAGAUUGGACCAGAUGGAAUGGCCAGAUUGAGUAAUUCAGCCCUCAACAAUGAGUUCUUUACACAUGCCUCCCAAAGCUGGAAAGAGAGGUUAGCUGAGGGGGAGUUCACUCAUGAGAUGCAGGUGCGAUUCCGGCAGGAAAUGGAGAAGGAGAAGAAGGUAGAGGCAUGGAAGGAAAAGUUUUUUGAGGAGUACCAUGGACAGAAGUCUGGCCUGACGAGAGAGGAAUCCCUUAAGCUCACAAUGGGUGAUUCGAGUGAAGUCACAACAAGUGUCUUGGACAGUGACAGCGUCUCUGUGGUGUCAGCCGGUGCCCCCAAGAGACGCAGUGUGGGUCGGCGGAGAAGAGAUGGUAGGAUGAGGAGACGUACCCGAGCUGAUCUGCGUCGCAGGGCCCGUCGGACCCUAUGCAAAACCAGCUCUCCAGUCCUGCAUUCUGCAGAAGCUGCUGAGGACGUUGCCUCUCUGGAAACCUCCACAGUUUCUAUUGGUUCGCCCAUGUCAGAAAGUACAGUUAUUCAAGGGGAGGUGGUGCUACAGGCUGAAUGUGACGAGGAGCUCCCACCAGAUGACGUCUCCAUUGAGCCAAAGACUGCCACCCCUGAACCAGUCCUACUACCAGACCCCACUCCAACUCCUAUUCCCAGUCCAGCAUCCACCAGUGAUGACAAAGAACCAAACAUUUCAGGCUGUCUGCUCCCCGAAGAGGUUGCACCUGUAUUAGCUUGCGCCUCAUCCCCUUCGUCCUCCUCUUCUUCCUCUGACUCGUCACCUUCAUCCUCACCUUCCUCAGCUUCUGAUCAACAGGGAGUGUUUACCACUGGCUUGGACUCUUCUUCCUCCUCUUCUGUGUCAUCUGGUGCCGCAGUCACUACAGAUCAACUGGAUGACACUGCAUCCGUCAUCACCUCUGUCACAGGUGGAACAGCCACCAGCAGCCGUGAGAGCAGCCCCUCAGAUAGCCCAGCAGGGACCCCUGCACCCAGCAUUCAGCACAAGGAACAGAAGAGAAGGCCCGAUGAGACCCGGGCCUUCUCCAGCUUCCCCGAAAAGAGGCCACGGUUGAAUGACCAGCAGUCCUUUCGUACCACAAUUGACAGGGUCCAUUCAGAGAAACCGCAGCCGACAACGGAGGAACCCAAGGUGCCUCCAAUCCGGAUUCAACUGUCCAGAAUCAAACCUCCCUGGAUCAAAGGGCACCCCACCUACCAGAUCUGCCCCCGCAUCGUGCCCCCUGGAGAGGCCUCGCGGCGGUCGGGGACGGGGGGUGCGCGGACGCUUGCCGACAUCAAAGCCCGUGCGCAGCAAGCCCGUGCCCAGCGCGAAGCCGCUGCUGCUGUUGCAGCCUCUGCCGAAGGGCCAGGGCCGACCAGGGUCCGGCUGCGGCCUGCUGCUGGGUUACCGGAUAGCAACAGUGGACAGAGAGCGCAAGAACAUCCAGGACCUAUUGAGCCAGGAGGAGGAAGUGGAAGAAGGGGAGGUGGUGGGACACAGGAGCAAGGAAAGACUUCAGCAACAAAUUCGUCUGGAACACAAUUACAGCAUCCCAGUAUAGACGGCCAAACUCUGUCUUCACCAUCCCCACCUGCUACCUCAACUUCUGUGUUCUCAGAGCACUCGCAGACACCAAGCCCUCCUCAAAAAGGCAUGGGAAGGCUUCCUGUCGCAUCAUCCAACGUCCACACCCCUUCUGACAGACCCAUGGGCCAGGCAACUGACCUUCCCUGUCGAGAGACUAACACAAUCUCAAAUUAUGUAACCUCCCCGCUUGAUAGACAAAACAAGAUUGCAGUGUCUGCUACAUCCCCUCCCGAGAGGCUCGACCCUGCAAGGGAAAAAAGGCCACUCGCUCCAACCUCCAUCCCCGAUUCUCUUCCCAGGUUUGGGGCUCAGGGUGCGGUUGUUCAGAAGCUGGUCAGAUCCGUGACGCCUAUAGAGGUUGAACACAAGAAAGAGCGAUGCCUAGGUGGUGUCAUUCAACACAUUUCCCGUCAUCAUGACUCACAGAACGCUGAAUCGGCUACCACCGUGCAACAAGCAGAAGCAUCAUCUCCCACCGUGGACUCCUCCAGCAGAGAUGAUGAGGGUGGGACACACAGUGAUUCCACAGAAACGGCUUCAGACUGUGAGAACGAGAGCCAGGUAGAUGAGCAGCAGUCUGAACAAGAUUGGUGUUCCCAGAUGAGAACCCAGAGAAAGAUGCAGGAAGCCAUUUGUAGCCCUCCUCAGAACCGCCAGCCAGUUAUCCAAACCCACGAGUCCAGUUGCCACAGUCAAACGGUCAUUCAGCCUUGCUUUCCCAAUGGUAUCGCUCAUCCUCAACAGACCCAGCCCCUUUCUCAAGAUUGCCACUCUCAGAGCAAUGUUGUUGUCAAAGUUGAAUCUGUGGAUGAUUGGCGAAGCACCACACAGUCAUCUGCUGAAGAAGAGUAUAAUGGACGUAUUAAGCCCUCUUCUUAUCCUUCAAGUAUUUCUGGAACGUCAAAGAAACUGUCCACUUCGACCAGACCAGUGUCCAGUGUGGAAGCCAACAAUCCUUUAGUAACACAGCUUCUACAGGGUAGCCUUCCCUUGGAUAAAGUUCUACUCCCACACUCUGUCGACAGGCUAGAAAUCAGCCGACCCGCAGGACCCCAGCGACGACCCGCCAACGUGGCUGAUGCGUCAGCCCAGUUACCCAACUCUCAAGGAACUGUAGCCUUGCAAUCCAAGUCCCAGAAAAGCUACCCUGUGUCAUGUUUAAUGGAGACCCCAACUACAUCACAGUGUCAGUCUCAACAGGCUCCUGGAGCUGUCCCUGUCAUCACUUCUCCGGCGUUCCCCACAUCCUCCUCCAGUUGCAUCUCGAGCAGCUCUAACCAUAGCCUACAGACAUCAAUUAUCAAAGAGUCACCUGUCCAUCAGCCGUCACAAGGGGCUAUUCCAGACAGGAGUCAGUCUGCUCACAGGACCAUAUUGAAUGGGCCAUCUCCACCUCAUGCAGACCCUUGUCCGACAGAAGUUGUGCCUAGUCUUAAGAUCAACUGGCGAUCCCCGCAGUCUCAGAUCCCACUCCCCAACCAACAAGAGCCAACCCCUGUUCCCAAUGUGAAGACUGAAGUUGGUUCAAAGCCUUCUUGUCAGGCAGUUGCUAAAGCGUCCGUUGUUGUUACCAAGAAAGAGCCUAUAAGCUCUAUGGAUGGUUACCCCAGUGGAGGGGCAAUGGAGGGACUCCUCAAUAUGGAGAUGAAUUUGUCUCGGAUGGCUAAAAAAGAGUUCAGCAAAGCUCCAUACUCCUCCAGUUAUCACUCGUCCCCCUCCUCUCUCCCCUUCCAGCUCUAUGGAAAAAUUUCCAAGCAGGGUGAGAGUCUCGGAGGCGUCAGCUACACAGCCAAUGUAUCCGUGAUGGACAAUAGCAGCUUUUCUCGAAACAUGGCGGAUGGCGUACUCCAGCUGCGACCUCGUAUGGCCACCAGCCAGGCCACGCUCAGCAUCCAGACCUUCACUGACAGUACAGCAGAGGAGGUGUCACUCAAGUGCUCCUGUCGCCUCAAAGCCAUGAUUAUGUGCCAAGGCUGCGGGGCCUUCUGCCAUGAUGAUUGCAUUGGGCCCUCCAAGCUCUGUGUCUCUUGUCUGGUGGUGAGAUAAUAUGUUGAAGCACUGCAGUUACCGUGGCAGUCUCUUGGAUAGGAUCAAGUCCACACAGGAGUGGUCAGACAGGCAAGAUUUGCCUUGUAUAUUAUUACUGGGUUGUUUGUUUUUGUUGCACAUUUUCAGAUUUUCUUUUUAGCUGUAAUUAUAUAUUAUUGAUAUUCUUUUUAUUGACUAUUAAUAUUAUUGUUUUGAGGCAUGGUUAUUUGCUAACGUUUUGGUUAUCAUGCCUCAAAAACAUUUACCUCAUCUUGUUCCACCAGUCAUUAUUAGGUGGCCAUUGUUUUUUUUUCAUGUUGUCUCUGCGCAAAGAAGUAUUUUUUUAACCAUUAAAGAAGUAAAGAACAGCAUUUUGUCUGUCAUUUAAAUUUGUCUAUUCCUCAGCUUUAAUUGUAGUGAUAUAAAAUAGUG